GAUUCUAAAACAUGGGGCCUCACAUUGCCAAAGCCAUUGCCUCUGUUGUUGUUUUGUUAGCCUCUUUUCCCCUUCUUCCCUCCGAAUCUUGUGGUUCUUUUGUGGCCAUAGCAAGUGCGGCAACCCCCCCAGAAACAGAUGUUGAUCUUUUAGAAUUUCCUCUUAAUUUAGAAUACUUGGAAGCUGAGUUCUUCUUGUUUGGGUCUCUCGGUCAUGGAUUGGAUGUAGUUGCUCCAAACUUAGCCCAAGGAGGACCCCCUCCCAUUGGUGCCAAAUUGGCCAAAUUGGACAUCCUUGUCAGAGAUGUCAUCUUGCAAUUUGGUUUGCAAGAAGUUGGACAUUUGAGGGCUAUAAAGAGCCAAGUGAGAGGGUUCCCUAGGCCAUUGCUGGAUCUAAGCUCGACAUCUUUUGGCAAAAUAAUGAACAGUGCCUUUGGACGACCUCUGCAUCCUCCUUUUGACCCUUAUGCCAAUGAGAUCAACUUUCUGCUUGCAUCUUACGUGAUUCCUUAUGUUGGCCUUACUGGUUAUGUUGGUGCCAAUCCAAAGCUGCAAAAUGCUACUUCUAAGAGGCUUGUUGCAGGGCUUCUGGGAGUAGAGUCGGGGCAAGAUGCAGUUAUUCGAGCAUUGUUAUACGAACGUCGAGGGUUAUUAGUUGAACCCUAUGGAGUGAGCGUAGCAGAGUUCACAAAUCGCAUUUCAGUGCUUAGGAAUAGGCUAGGAAAAGCAGGUUUGAAAGAUGAGGGUCUUGUGGUGCCUAGAGUUGAAGGUGCUGAGGGCAGACUCACAGGCAACAUUCUAGCUGGUGACAAAGAUUCACUAGCAUAUGAUAGAACUCCACAAGAAAUUUUGAGAAUAAUAUAUGGUACAAGUAAUGAACAUGUUCCUGGUGGCUUCUACCCUGAAGGUGCAAGUGGUCGUAUAGCAAGAUCUUACUUGCAAUAUACUACCUAAGCAUAAUAAUUCUAAUGCAUAUGCUUUGUAGAUUAUAAAUAUGUAUGUGUAUCUUGAAACUGUUGUGCCUACCCCACGGCAGUAAAUUAUAAUAAG